UGUGCAGGUGGUGUGUCGCCAUCCACUCCGAGAUGUCAGUCAAGCACGCAGCAAUGCGUGUCUCUACUUGUGUGUCAGAGGGAGGAAAGGACAAGAUCAGCUGGGUGUUAUCGGCAUAACAAUGGGCCUUGCCCAGCUUGAGAUCCUGUGUAAACAACUGUAUGAGACAACCGACACCGCCGUCAGACACCAAGCAGAGAAAGCCCUGGUUGAAUUCACCAACAGCCCUGACUGCCUCAGUAAAUGUCAGCUACUACUUGAGAGAGGAAGUUCAUCAUACUCUCAGCUCCUUGCUGCCACCUGUCUGUCUAAACUUGUGUCUCGAACCAGCAACCCCCUGCCCCUCGAGCAACGCAUCGAUAUCCGGAACUAUGUGCUGAAUUAUCUGGCAACACGGCCAAAGCUAGCUGCCUUUGUGACCCAAGCUCUGAUCCAGCUCUACGCCAGGAUCACCAAGUUAGGCUGGUUUGACUGUCAGAAGGACAAUUACAUCUUCCGAAAUGUUAUUGCUGAUGUUACACGCUUUCUACAGGAUAGUGUGGAGCAUUGUAUUAUAGGAGUCACCAUUCUCUCCCAGCUAACCAAUGAGAUCAACCAGGCGGACACAACACACCCCCUGAUCAAGCAUAGAAAAAUAGCCUCAUCGUUCAGGGAUUCUUCCCUUUUUGACAUUUUCACCCUCUCCUGCAACUUGCUCAAACAGGCAUCAGGAAAAAACCUGAACCUUAACGAUGAGUCUCAGCAUGGCCUGCUAAUGCAGUUGCUCAAGUUGAGCUACAACUGCCUAAACUAUGACUUCAUAGGAACUUCUACGGAUGAAUCGUCAGAUGACCUUUGCACUGUACAGAUCCCCACUUCCUGGAGAUCAGCGUUUCUCGAUUCAUCUACCCUACAGCUAUUUUUCAAUUUAUACCAUUCCAUCCCGCCAUCUCUUUCCCCGUUGGUGUUGUCAUGUCUUGUUCAAAUAGCGUCAGUCCGGAGGUCACUUUUCAACAACGCGGAACGAGCAAAAUUCCUUUCACACCUUGUGGACGGCGUUAAAAGGAUACUAGCAAACCCUCAAUGUCUGCCAGACCCAAACAACUACCACGAAUUCUGUCGUCUGCUGGCGAGGCUGAAGAGCAACUACCAACUGGGGGAGUUGGUCAAAGUAGAGAACUACCCUGAAGUCAUACGCCUCAUAGCCAACUUCACUGUCACCAGUCUGCAGCAUUGGGAGUUUGCUCCCAACAGUGUUCACUACCUGCUGAGCCUUUGGCAACGUCUGGCAGCAUCCGUCCCUUACGUUAAAGCCACGGAGCCUCAUCUGCUGGAGACGUACACCCCUGAAGUCACCAAGGCCUACAUCACAUCACGCCUGGAAUCAGUCCAUUUGAUCCUCAGAGACGGCUUAGAAGAUCCUCUAGAUGAUGCUGGCUUGGUUCAACAGCAGUUAGACCAGUUGUCCACGAUAGGGAGGUGUGAAUAUGAGAAGACGUGUGCUCUGUUGGUCCAACUGUUCGACCAGGCAGCUCAGACCUACCAGGAACUACUACAGUCCACCAACUCCAGUACUGCAGACAUCACUGUACAGGAGGGUCGGUUAACAUGGUUGGUGUAUAUAAUCGGGGCAGUAAUUGGGGGUCGAGUGUCGUUUGCCAGUACAGAUGAGCAGGAUGCCAUGGAUGGAGAACUAGUAUGUCGGGUGCUCCAGCUGAUGAAUCUGACAGACUCUCGGCUCGCCCGGGCCGGGAACGAGCGACUAGAACUCGCCAUGCUCAGCUUUUUUGAGCAGUUUCGAAAGAUCUACAUUGGUGACCAGGUGCAAAAAUCCUCCAAGCUUUAUAGGAGGCUAUCAGAGGUUCUGGGGCUGAAUGAUGAAACCAUGGUGCUCAGUGUCUUUAUUGGGAAAAUCAUCACCAAUCUGAAGUACUGGGGCCAGUGUGAACCAAUUACCUCCAAGACCCUUCAGCUGCUCAAUGACCUCUCCUUAGGAUACAGCAGUGUGAGAAAGUUGGUGAAGCUCAGUGCUGUCCAGUUCAUGCUGAAUAACCACACGAGCCAGCACUUCUCCUUCCUGGGAGUCAACAACCAGUCCAAUCUUAGCGACAUGCGCUGUCGGACGACUUUUUACACUGCACUUGGACGCCUGCUCAUGGUCGACCUAGGCGAGGACGAGGACCAGUUUGAGCAGUUCAUGCUCCCUCUGACAGCUGCGUUUGAAACUGUGGCUCAGAUGUUCAGCACCAGCACCUUCAAUGAACAGGAAGCCAAGAGGACUUUGGUGGGUUUGGUCCGAGACCUGCGAGGCAUUGCCUUUGCCUUCAACGCCAAAACCAGCUUCAUGAUGCUCUUUGACUGGAUAUAUCCAGCAUAUAUGCCUAUUUUGCAGAGAGCAAUUGAGCUUUGGUACCAUGACCCAGCAUGCACCACACCUGUCCUCAAACUCAUGGCUGAACUUGUUCACAACAGGUCCCAAAGGCUACAGUUUGAUGUGUCCUCACCCAAUGGGAUCCUACUCUUCAGAGAAACCAGCAAAAUGAUCACUACCUAUGGUAACCGUAUCCUAACCAUAGGGGAGGUUCCUAAAGAUCAGGUGUAUGGCGUGAAGCUGAAGGGAGUGAGCGUGUGCUUUGCCAUGCUGAAGGCGGUCCUCAGUGGCAACUACGUCAACUUUGGAGUGUUCCAUCUAUACGGAGAUGAUGCUCUUGACAAUGCCUUGCAGACCUUCAUCAAGCUGCUGCUGUCCAUUCCUCACAGCGACUUACUAGAUUACCCUAAGCUAAGUCAGUCUUUCUACACUCUGCUGGAAGUGCUGACUCAGGACCACAUGAAUUUUAUUGCUAGUCUGGAGCCACAUGUGGUCAUGUACAUCCUUUCUUCAAUAUCUGAAGGACUCACUGCACUCGAUACAAUGGUGUGCACGGGAUGCUGCUCCAGUCUGGACCACAUAGUAACGUACUUGUUCAAGCAGCUAUCCCGAUCAACGAAGAAACGGCCUGCUGCUAUGGCAACAGAUGAUCGAUUCCUACACAUCAUGCAGCAACACCCAGAGAUGAUCCAGCAGAUGCUGUCCACAGUUCUGAAUAUUAUCAUCUUUGAGGACUGUCGGAAUCAGUGGUCCAUGUCACGGCCUCUAUUAGGCUUAAUCCUCCUCAAUGAGAAGUAUUUUACUGACCUGAGGAACAGCAUAGUAAAUAGCCAGCCCCCAGAGAAGCAGCAAGCCAUGCACUUAUGUUUCGAAAACCUGAUGGAAGGAAUAGAGCGCAACCUGCUAACCAAGAAUCGGGACAGGUUCACCCAGAACUUGUCCGUAUUCAGGAGAGAAGUCAACGACAGCAUGAAGAAUUCGACGUACGGGGUCAACAGCAACGACAUGAUGAGCUGACAUUCCACACGGCAGUCUUUCCUUAAUGCACCCAGAGUCUCCCAUCCUCCCCCCUUUGCAACUUCUCUUUUCCCUGCUUGCAGUCCAUGCUUUGUAACCCUACCUGCUGCAUUUCUCUGCCCUUAGCCCUUAGGCCAGGACGCCUAUGGAUCCUCUCAUAACCCCUACGAGAGUAGCUGCUGCAUGUGCAGCAGCUUAUGGGGAUAUUGGUAAUUAUGAAAAACCAACUUGCUUCCUUCUAUGUUAACCAUGAUCAUUCACUUUUUUGCCCCCCCCCCCGCCCCUCCCCCCUCCUUUUUGAUAUGAGCAUAUAUAAAUAUAUACAGAUCUUUAAAAGCCAGUCUGUAGAGGUCAUCUGCGCCACUCUUCAGGCUGUCCUGGGAGGGAAGGGGGUUGGGGUACUGAAGCUUGGGAGGAUUAUGUACAAACUCUGGAGGGAGUGUGUCCUAGAAAGGAAGGGAAAAAGCGCUCAAGAUGGACAGGGGAUAAAAGCCGGUAAACGUAGUAAUUUGCUUCUGUCUGGCUUGUAUAGAAAAAAAAAACAUGUACAUUUUUUUCGUAACAUUUUGAACGUUUAUAAUGAUUUGAAUGUAAAACACAAGAUGAGUAUUGAUGUGUGAUUGAGCUUUUUACGGUGUAGUGAGUUAGUAUAACUGUUUGUCUGUGGGGAGCGAGCUUUCCCCGGGAGCUCGAGAGGGAAGACAACCAGAAAGGGGGGGCAUCUCAGCUGCAGAGUGGCUAGAACAGAGCAGUUAGGCUGCUGAGUUGGGAAGAAUAUGAAAGAGGUACAUACACUAAUAGGAGUAGAAAAGUCAGAGCAUCCAUGUUGUACAUUUUUCAGUCUCUGGGUGGAGUGUUGUAAAUAGCCACUUUCUGUACGACAGCAAGCUUGGCAGGGUGAAGCUCCCUGUUUUGUUUAUCACAGCUCUGCCCUUCUCAAAGCUACUGCCACACAUUAGAUUUAUGCCCUAGGUCUGUUGUGCGUACACUUGCUUGUUCCCCUUUACAGUUUGCAAUGACGUGUAAGCAACAUGGUUACGACUACAUUUUACCCUCUGGUAGGCUGGGUGCAGUUCUCACCAUUUUGUUUACACUCCUCUUCAUCCCUUGGACCAGGUUUUGGGACUGCCCCAUUCUUCGGAGUAGGUCCUGCAGUAGUUAUCGGGGGUGGGGGUGGGUGGGGGCUGACGUGCGUGCACAUUUCAGUAUGUGUUGUGUUUGUGUGUGGUGACAUGAAAUGGCCUGGUGUGUAUGUGGUGUCCCAUGGUGCUGUGACUGCUAUAAUCUCUGAUCUUUGGGCUUGAACAGUUUGGUUCUGGGUCACCUAAAAACUAGCACCCAGUUCUGGGGCGUCGGCACUGGAACGUGGGGUCUCGUCAUCAGAGCUUCCUGAAGGAAUUCCAUUUUUAAUUCAAAAUACCAGAAUAUCACAUCCGCCAUGGUAGGAGUCAGAACAUUGUAAACUGAGAAACAGGAAUGGAGUAUAUUAGCAACUUGUGUUACUCUCUACGAUGUUGCUGCUAACCGUUUGUGACAACUAGCUCAUAUCUAACCAUGUCCACACUCAUGGAUGUUCAUUUGAGUUGUUAAUUUUUGAAUUUAUGUCCCUGAUGUGAAUGUGUUGGGUCCAUAGAGUGAAUAGCUGUUUGGAUGUCUGCUACAUAUAGCAUUGUGACUGCAAAUAAACCUCCUUGGUUUGUAUUUUGCUGCCUCUUUUUUAUAUUUUACACAAGUCAAUUCAGUGGUUUUAGAGUCAGUGCAUUGUCCAAUUAUUCCCUUAGGAAG